GCCUUGCCAAGCCUGUUGAGCAGCCAAGGUUGAGCAGCCCUGGCCUGCAGGGCAGCAGCAGCAGACCUGCAGCAACGCAGCGCCUCACCAGGCCUUCGCAUACCAUCGCUGGUCGCCUUCGCUUUGCGGCAUUCGUACGAGCAGCCAUGCGCCUCCUCACGCACAACAUGCUGGUCUCCAAUGCGAAAGGGGUCAGCGAGGCCGAGGGCUACCCUCUUGCCUUAGAAGUGACGGAGCAUCGACGCGAGGAGACGGAGUUUGAUGUCGAGACGACGCGCAAGACCAUGGAGACCGUGAAAUACGACGCGCUGCGCGGCGCGGCGCGGGCCGUCGCCAUCGACCUGCCUGAGGUGUAUGAUGGGGACGACGCGGAUUUAUUGAGGAAAGUGCACGAGGCGCUCUGCGACGUUCAUGUAAUAGAGGGCUGCCUCGUCUGCCCAAAGAGCGGCCGCCGGUUCCCGAUCAACAACGGCAUCCCGAAUCUGUUGCUGCACGAGGACGAGCUGUAAUAUGUU